CACAAACUGAUUGUAGUCCAUUAAGAAGCCUGGCUGAGGAAUCAUCUGCUACUGGACGUUUAGAAGAGACGAGCGGUGUGAGGAAAGAACAAUGUCAGGACCCAGGCCCCUGGUGCUGAGUGGCCCCUCCGGAGCAGGGAAGAGCACUCUAAUGAAGAGGCUGAUGAAGGAUCACGAGGGCGUCUUCGGAUUCAGCGUGUCACACACAACAAGAAACCCUCGACCGGGAGAGGAAGAUGGAAAAGGCCUGAACAAGCUCCCCAUGCUUCUGGGGGCUACUUUACUGCCUGUAGCAGACGUCUUCUCCUCUGAAGACUUAGAAAAGUCAUCCUCAUUUUUGUGUCCAAACGAAUCAGAAACCACAGAUAAAGACUACCACUUCACGACGAAAGAGGCCAUGCAGGAGGCAAUCGACAACGGAGAGUUCAUCGAGAACGCUGAGUUUUCCGGCAACAUGUAUGGAACAAGUAAAGCUGCCAUAGAAGACGUGCUGGCCAAGAACCUAAUCUGCAUCCUAGAUGUGGACAUCCAGGGGGUGAAGAGGAUUAAAGAGACUGACCUAAACCCCAUCUACAUCUCCAUCCAGCCUCCCUCCAUGGAGAUCCUGGAGAAACGUCUGAGGGACAGACAGACAGAAACAGAGGAGAGUUUACAGAAACGCCUGGAGGCAGCACGCAUCGACAUGGAGCUCAGUAAAGAGCCUGGAAUGUUUGAUGUUGUUAUCAUCAACGAUGACUUAGAGAAGGCUUACGAGGAGCUGAAAGACAUCCUAAAUGAUGAAAUCCAAAAAAUCCAGGAGGCCAAAUCAUAAGAAGCAAACGGUCUUUCUGCUGCACACACUGCAAACACAACUCAAAAUAAACUUUCAUCUGGAGAGAAGUUUUGUUUUAGCCUCUACGUUAAAUGGUCGGAGGUUUGCUUUAAGGACAGUUUGAUGCUCGCUGAUGCUCAGAAGGAAAAGAGGGACUCUGAAGUGAAGGCUGUUUGUGUUUGACGGAGAGAGAUCGGGGGUUGUGUUAGAUUUAGUAAAAUCAGUGGUUGAUAUCUAGGUAUGAACAUCUAACCCAUACAUCUCUGCCAGCUGGCAGGUACAACUGCCAAAUUCAAUGCUAUAGUGCACACUUUGUAAACCAAAGUUUGGCACUGGCCAACCCAUGAGUGUGACGUACACAUCAGUCAGUACAGCCAGUACCUCACUGUUAAAAUAUUGUAGUUAUACUUUCAUUUAUUUGUUCUGUUGAAUUCUUAUACAGUAGGAAUAAAUCUACUCAUAGUUAAGUGUAUGACUAUUACAACUAGUAUUAUGUUAUUUAAAUAAUUACAUACUGCAUAUUAUUUAUUACAAAGGAAGUUUGUGCAUCUGAGAUAAAAUCACUGCAUAUAUUAUAUGUAAAACAUCUGCAUGUAUGCUUGUGUGUUUGUGUACAAAUGAGACUGAAUAAAGAAUGUGAGGAUGAUGACUGAC